AUGAGCGCAAAUGAAAAGAAUCAGAUGCAAGAACAGGUUUCAAGUGUAAUUAACAGCUUUUUGAAAAAGAGAAAGUACACAGAGGGUGUAAGUUCAGUGAAGGAUUUCACAGCAGAACAGAAGGUGGAAGACAUGGCAUUCAAGACGACAGUUUCUAACGAAACUGGAAUCACCGAUGUCUUUUCUUUUGCCAUUAACAGCUGCGAACCAGCCAUCCUAGACGAGCAGUAUUCCAGCUUAAAGUCAUUUAUUAUAGGAACAAACCAGGCCUAUAGACAAGAGCUCUCUAAGUUUUUAUUUCCAAUGUUUGCAAACAUUUAUCUGGAUAUAGUUGCAAAAGGUCAAGCAAUCCCCGCUCAAACAUUUUUUUCAAAGCACAGUGGUGAAUUUUCGAUCGAGCACAAAGAGGAAAUACAGCAUUUGCAAGUAAUCACUGAUUUGGAACGUGUGAAAUCCAGUGAUGUUGCUAGCAAUUUUAGACGCAGUAAAUUUGUUGUUAAACUGAGCAAUAAGGUCUUCACCUACUUUCUCCAGUAUCUCAGGAGUGGAGAUCACGUGCUGCUGCUUCAUUUACUGAAUAAACAUUUUAGCCUAGAAAUCACUCAUAGCAAACCAGGACAAAAGCAAAAUGGUGAUGAAAUAGAAAAUGACGCCGGCGAGAACGCUGUAUCAAGUCACCGUGCUACAAGAGCAGUAAAGCAAACAAAAUCCAUGACAGAUAAAGAGAAUGAAAACUUGGUGACUUUGAGAGAAAGCAUUGGACGUAUUAGGAGUGGACCUGCAUGUUUACCGUCAAUUUGUUUUUACACAUUUGUAAAUGCAUCUCAAGGGUAGGGAGAUAACAUGCUUUGAGUUCUGGUAUUAAUUUGUAUUGUUUACAGCAAAGUUUUAGUUUUGUUACUUUAAUUAAGCACUGUGAAUUAUGCAUUUUCUCUUUCACACAGACACAUUUUGACUCAGAAAUUUCUUACCAUUAAUCUGCCUAAGCCAAGUCCUAUAGCCUGUGUGAUGUUUGAGAUAUGCAGUGGUGGAUCGAGGGGGAGGGUUCAGGGGGUCUGGACCCCCCUCCCUGAUCAGACCUGACGCUUGUUUGAGACUGAAAUUCUUACAUUGAAAAGAUCAUAUAUCACUUUUUAACUGGCUGAUUUUUUUACUGAAAUGCACAAUGCAUUUUGCCACUAUACUUAGUUCAAGGGAUAUAAAAAAUGUAAUUGUUUUUGGGUACCCCCCUAUGAUCUGUUCGCCUCUGAUCACAAAGCAGUAUUUCCCGUGCCACAGAUUGAGAAACAAGUUGUCAUCUCUGAGAAGUAAUUUGCCACAAGAAAGUUCAACAGUCCCUUCUGCACCAAAGUUUGGACCCCCUCAAUCAAAAAUUCCCUGAUCUGCCCCUGAUAUGCCCUUCCAUACCUUUCAUUUUCAAGUUUUGAUGCAUCAACGCUGCUGAAAGGAAUACCUAAACAUGAGUAGGAAGCAAGUUGGUGCCCCCCACCAGACAAUCAUCUCAAGAAUGUCUUCGUUCUCUUUAAACAAAUCACUCUCAAACUUGCCAAUUUAGUAUUUUUAGGCUCUAUCUUAGCAGUUCCAAUGGAUUUUCACUAACUGACCCAAGUCAAGAGUUGAAGAAAAUUGGAAGGGUGUUUUUGAAGUCUAGUUGCAUCACUUGAGAAGGAGCCCAGAGCAGAUUUUUUUUUGUUUCUGAUAUAGAGGAGUCUAAUGCAUUGACAGUCAAACAGAUAUGAGCAAAGGCCAACUCUGGGUGUCCAGUGUUUGGGGUGGUGUCCAUCUUACUGACAGUGUGCUUUUGUUUUCUUAUUCUUAAGACUGAGUUCUGCUGCGGUAUCUAAGGAUGCUGGACUCAUUUGCGGUGGUUUUGAAGAUUCCUCUAUCAUGCUCUGGAGCCUUACUCCUAAGAAGCUUGUCCAUCCCAAGAGAAAACCUGACAUCUCUAAAAUACAUCUAUCCUCAGGUAUCUAAUGAAUGGAUUGAAGAAGCAAUGACUGGCUAGGAUUAUCAAUAGCUUGCGGAUAGCUUACAAUUAAUAUUUUUAUUUUUCCAGAUGACUGAUAAUCCAUUCAUGUACAGUUUUUUAAAGCUCAUCUAGUAAAUUUCCUAUUAUUUUCUGAAGUUUAAUUUUUCACAUUUUCCUUCUCAGGUUAAGCAAUAUUUUGUAGAAAAAGGAAAUCUGAAACUUUCAGACUGGAAAAUGUGAGGGAGAGAUGAGUGAAAAAACAAAUGUAUUCUCACCUUCAUAGAGCCUUAAAUUACAUGUGAAAUUAUUUUUCAGGAAAAUUAAACUGAAACCCUUGUUAUUUUGAAAAGACUCAAGUUGCCCUAGAAUGACCGAACAGCUACAAAUUUUAUAGAGCUGCAGUCCCAGGGGGGUACGUCCUGGUAAUAGGCUAAUGGGGAUGUGCCGCUGGAUGGGAUUGCAUUUUCACAGCUAGAUUUACUAUAAUGGGUUUGCAUUUUCAUUAGAAGUACUAGAAUGGGAUCGCACAUUUUCGGGAUUUGGGAGAUGAGAAAAUUCAGGUAGGUAAGAAUUUAAAAAUGGAAAGAUUUUUACUUGUUUAACCAAUGUGUCCAGUCAUCUCAGGGUGACCUAGUUAAAAGGCUUUAAAAAGUAGAUGCAUAAACAGAAAGUUACUAAGUUGGGAUCGUGAAGAUUACAUUUUCCCGAAAGUGACUGAGAUGGGGUCUAUAUUUGGCCACAGAAUAGACUAUAAUGGGGUUGGGGUUCUGAGGGGCCAGUGGCACAUACCCAGCAAAAAUUAACCCAACUAACCUCCGGGGCUGCAGUACAAUGUAAAGGCUUUAGGGAUCGUUUGGAAGGGCAGCACAAACAUGGUAGACAGCAGUAAGCCACCUGAUUUAGAUUUACUUAGGGUUUUUCUUUUGCAAGACAUACCUUGUGUAACAGGGUCUUUAGGAAUUCUGUAAGUGAAAAUUAGUUGCAUUUGUGAAACUAUUAAUGGCUUUUUGAACACAGCAGUUGUUUGUUGACCUUCAUGUUGUCCCUCCAUAUGAUCCAAGAAGCUUUUCACUCAUUUGGAAUAUGGCCAAUUGAUUCCAGCAUCUCUCAUUGAGUCUGGGUUGCCUUUGAUUACACUGAUGUGUUAAAACACAGGGGCACCCAACGACAAUUUUCCGAAAAAUAUCUGUUCGGAAGACGAUUUGAGAUCUAGAAUUUUCGGAACAUUUGUUGUAAAAUUUCUUGCUUGCCUGCCUCUCCUAGGAUUUUCGAACAUCUAAAAAAUGGUAUAAUUGCCUAUUUUUAAAGGAUUUUUACCCUAAAAAGGUCACCUAGAAUUUUCGGGAGCCUUUUUUCUGGCUGAAAUUUUUGAAAAGUUAAGUUUUGAUCCCUAUAAUUUUCAGAUCACUAGACUUUCAGCUAAGAAAUCCGAACAGAUGAAAAAUUUUUAGGGGAUUAAAAUAUGCCUAUAUCUACCAUUUAAAUACUAAAAUACGUUUAACAAUUCUAUGUUUAAGUGGUUUUGAACUAUAUUCUCGCUGGGUGCCCCUGAAAAUAGGACUCCAAUGCAUGUGAUUAAGCGAAAAACUACUUAACAGAAACAACCUUUAACAAAACUGCAACCAUAGUCACAGAUGUUUUGCGUCUGGUACUCUGAAGAAACUUUAAGACCAAGUAAUUUUCAUGAUAGCCAGUGAUGUAAUUAUGUGCUUUUUUUUUUUUUCUUUUAGACCUGGUUUCAGUAUCAUCUAAACUGGAAACAGUCUCUAGUGAGUGUGUUUCUCUUCAAGGUCACUGUGGCUCGGUUUACAGCACACAAUUUUCACCAGACAGCUCAAUUUUACUCUCAGCAUCAGAGGAUACUUCAGGUACUAAGAUUAUGGACUUUUUCUUACAGCACAGCCUUGGUUGUUAUCGCCUCACACAUCUCACAUAAGAUUGCUUGAGUUGGUUAUGGUAAGCUCAUAAAUGGACCAAUAUGGUUGCAGCAGGGUUGGCCUUGUAUGCUGACAUCUUAGCUUACUGUUAAUAUUUAAAGGGGGUGUGUCACGCUAUCUUUUAUCUUUUUCAAAACCUAAAACAUCUCUUUGCAUCAAUUCAGUUCCAAAAAUUAUGCGUAAGGUUUGUUAUUUAAGGCUCUACUUAGGCAAUGAAAGUGAUCCUGUCUUCUGUUGCUAUGGAUGCCAAGGAUGGACAUGGAUUGAAACUUUUUAAGCUUUAAUGUCUGUGUCUGUAAAAAUUACCAAAACAAUAUUAUUAUGUUUGAUAUCUUCCUGUACAGGAGCAUUUUGUGUAUGGGUUAAAGGCAUCAAGUAGUGACUUCAGCACAGAAUUGACCCAAAACUGCAAUAUCUUUGUACCAUAUAUGGCCCCUUUAUUAUAUCAGGGACAUGUAUUGUUGUUUUUUUCAUCUACGACACAGCUUUCGGCGGUGAAAAAAGGUCUUUUUAACUCAAAUCAGCAUCUACUUUUAAGUUUUAAUUUAUCAAAAUUCAGGUUAUUUGAAACCGCCGAGUUUCAUCAAGUUGCCAGAAAAAAAAAAGUUACUGCCAAGUAUUACUAGACCAUGAAAAAACUGCAAAGUGCGCGCGUACUUAAAACGAACAUUUACCUUACAAGUUUUAAAAGUGACACGAUCUCGUGCGUCUUCCGGUGCGAAGGAUGAUGAUCAAGACGGGGUGCCAGAUUCACCCUGAUUUCAUUAUUUUGUAACUACUUUUAUAACGUUGUAAAAUUCAAAUCCCGAAGUCUAACUGUUGAUCAUUUGUGGAUCUAAGUAUAAUACUUCAGUUCAAAACGAUUUUCGUCAAACACGUUUGAGUCCCCACUGUUGUUAAAGCCUGUUCCAUCUGCUCGUUUUGGGGCAUUUCUGGGGGCGUUUCCUGUGUAUACAUGAUAGAGUGGUGCAGAAAUUUAAAAUUAUGGUACAGCAUUUUUCAAAGACGUGUUUCGGCGGGGCUCUUGCUAUUUUUAUUUUGAAGAUAAUGCUUUUUUGAAUUUUAAUUUGGCAAAAAUUUCGGAACAAAAACUUGGUGGUAAGACCCCGGGAAAGACCAAGAUAAGUCUUGCACGCGACUGCUCACUUGUCAAAACAUAUGUUAUCAUGCAGUGCUCACAUAAUCACACGACACGUUUUACAUGCACGUGACCCUAUGGCCGAUCGCCAGGCUGGGAGUUCCUCACUCAUUUUCACAGGCGGCACUGUCGAGGUUUCAAUGAAAUGUGAUUUGACAAAAAAGAGGUUUUGCGAGCGUCUUUGCGUAACUCCAGGAGCAGGCUAUUUGCACAAAAUUAAAACCUUGCCUUGUUCAGCAUCAAAUAAUCACUGACUUCUCUUUUGUCCAUGACGGAGGAUCGGGUUUUAUCUUUGCCUUAUUUUUGCAUGUUUUCGUCCCAGUGACAUAGAACAGUCAGAUGUCUGAGAACUUCGAAUUCAUCCGAAUGAGACUUCCUGAUUAAUAUGAAUGCAUUGAAUGCAGCGCAUACACUCUUUUUAUUAUUUAUAUAAGAAUAUAUUUUAUAAAAAAUCGAGGCGAAAUUUUAAGAAUAUUUGAAGAAAAAAAGCCGAGCCUGAGAUUUUGAAAAGGAUUUAAUUUUGUGUGUUGAAAAUUUGCAAAUACGUACAAUUAUAUGCUUAUGACUUAACCGUAUAAAAUUAUUCCUUUCUCUAAACGAGCCAACAAAACGAAAAUACCUGCACUAACUGUAAUUGAUACCCAAUAAAAAGUAAAUGUCAUACGCUAUAAUUUUUAACCGAUUCAAGAAUAUUUUCAACCGCUAAAAUCGGCAAAGAAUAAGAAUAUUUAGCUUGGGCCGGAAAAACAACAUUUUAAUUAAAAAGACUUGUAUCGGUGGACAAACAUUGCCCAGGAUGGAGAACAGGGGCUCAAAUUGGAGAUCUUGAAAAUGAUAAAAAUUGUAGGCAGUGAAAGCUGUGAAUAUGAUUGCUCCUCUAGACUUAACGUACCGGGUACGAUAUAGAAAGAAAUCUCAUUGUUAAAAAGUUUAUUUUUCAUGUGCUUGGAUACUGCUAAUACUGCAAAAUCAGGCUGAAAAAGUGAUCAACAACGUUCCUAAAUAAUUGUCAUUCACAAUACUUAACUUUGGUCAAACUGGCCUCAAAUAAAAUGGUAAUAUUUUUUCACAGUGAUUCGUGUAUAAUACUGGUAACUGAGUACAUUUCAUAGCCUUCGUUCCAGCUACAACAAGGUUCCAGUGUAUUGAGUCACUUGAAGGGCUAAUUGUCUCAAGUGGAAAUCCUAGAAUUGCUAAGUGAAGAUUGUGUAACAUAACACAGGAAACGUGCAGGGUAGUGUGCAUGUGCGAGGGCUUGUGCUGCUUGCAUAACUAAUUCGCGCAGAGUACUUCAAGUGAUUUCACUGCAACAGUUAACCCUUUAAGCCCUCAAAGUGAUCAGCAUCAAAUUUCUCCUUGUAAUAUCAAUGCUCUGUAAAAGAGAGUGGUCAUGAGAAUUACGGACAUGAUCACGCAAAAUUUGCUUGAUAUUUUAUCAACUUCUCCCCACUACUUCUGUGGGAAAUGAAUAGUGACAAUAAAUGAGAAUUCAAAUUUUGAUCUUAGGGUUUAAAGGGUUACUAGACGUAAUUAACGAGGUCUAAUUUUUCCAUGGCGCGUUUCCGUAAGAAAGGUACUCCGAAAAAAGAAUUUACAUCAAACUAACUGUGAAAAUCACUUGUUUAGCUAAUGAGGCAGGUAUCCACUGCCUUUAAUCGCCCGCAACCCUGGCAGGGUUGCAGCCGACAUCAGGGCAUUGCAGGCUAUACAAAGCUGAUAUGCAUUACUCACAUCUUCAUAGCACUGCGUGUCUAAAAUCUCGAUAGAUGAGAUGUGUUAAAUCUUUCUUUGUCGAGGAAUUCUGGCAAUCGAAUGCACCUCAUGUUUGAGCGAGAUGUGCUGGCGUUUUUUCCUCCCUUUUUGUGCUUUUUCUAAAAAAUCUUUUCAACAUGUUGGGAAUAAAGUACGUGAAUUAAAUUCAUGCUACUUACAGUGCUUGUGACUUGCGGAUUUCUCGUUCCUCGCUUUUCAGUGCAGCCUCGCAAAGUGCAGUUAGGUGUUUGCUGAGAUUUGAAUGUUUAUACUGAGAUCGCACUAUAGCUCGCGUGCCAUGCUUUGCUGGUAUUAAGUAACACAGGUGACCUUUUCCCUUUUCUCAGUUAACUUCUCCUGUUUCAAUUGUUUACGUCGAGCCUUGACCUUGUUGUUCACGUGUUCUUUGAAUAUCUAGUUAAUCCAACUGGUGAGCUACGGAUAUGUUUGAUUCAAGUAGCGACGUACCAUCCUUGCACACCGAAGCCAAAUGGAAGGGCUUUGCCGUUGCACAAACACAUCCGUCAAGCAUCAGAGAAAAUGGUCGUGUUCAGAUCAGUGAUGUCAGAAAAGUCUUACCGAACAGCAAAAAAAAAAUGUACGCAAAAAGUGGGCCAUUCCAAAAGAGAUUAGCUUUGUUUAGAAGUAUCUAUCUUUUAUUCAGUUCAAAACGACUAGUUUUUUGUACGUUUUCAAACAAAAACCUCUCGUCCAUUGAAGCGUUCUUCAGUUCAUACGUUUCUGUUUAAAAACGGAUGAACGUGAGGUAGAUUGGUACAAUUCUCCUUCUACUCCUCCAAAAUGAACUGCUCGUUGGCGGCUUGUAAAAUUGCUUCCCACCAGAGUCUUGCACCAAACAAUUUUGUCCCGGUAUAACACAGAAAGAAUCUCCAAGGAUUACUUGUAGUAUGACAUUUGUCUACUGCUUCGAUUUUCGAGACCGGCAGUGAAAGGGGUCAGCUCAUGAUUAUGUUAACUCUUCCCCGGGCUGACUUACCAAACUGUUGAACACGAACUUGGAAAAAUAGUUUCGUUUUCAAAUAUGAACAAUAGGGCCAUUUAUACGGGGAAAAAUAAGACGCGAACUGUACCAUUUAUACGAGCAUGUCUUCUCUAAUAAGACGCGUCUUAGCUGAGCCGCGUCUUAUUUUAGACGAAAUGUGCCGUUUAUACGGAAAGUUCGCGUCAAGACGCGUCUUAUGUAAGACGCGUCUUAUUUUUCCUUGUGUAAAUGGCCUUAAUGUGCCCCAAACAACAAGAGCAGCACGUUCCAUUUGUAUUUUGUCUCUUUCUUUUUUCCUUGUAUUUUCGAGAAAAUGCUAUAUUCAAUCAGUUACAGUUCCCUGGAAACUGAUGUCAGUGUGAUGUGCAGCUCAGUAGCUUUAAUUUGAAUGGUUCCACUUAUUUUAUUUUCUCCACAAUCUCAAAGGAUUUGAAAAGUUAGAGCAAGUCCGUACAACAUAACUUCACGACGCUCAGGAAAAAGUCAGGAAAAAACAAGGUCCCAAUAAGCCAAGAUAUUUAUAGACAGUUUUUUUGUAGUAGUAGUAGUAGAGCACGAGAUGCCCCGAGCUUUCCUUAGGAGCUAGAAAGAUGAGAAUCAUUUAGCUUCCUGAGCAAAGAGAGGUCGUGAGUUGUUAUACGUGUGCUUACAAAUUGCGCGUGUCGGUGAUCGGUUAUCGAAGACGAUUUCUAGUUGCCUGAAACCAAGAGUAGUUUGUCAUCCGUGCGAUGAUGUUACAUCUCAUUGACUUAAAGCCAAGAAGAAGCUAAAUUUAAACCGAAGUCGUGAUACUCCCCUUGACGAGGGCGGAUAUGGUGUGAUGUGGGAGUUGCCUUCUGUUUCAGCUGACAUUAAAAGAUAUUUCCGGCGCUCAUAUCAUUGUUGUAGACAAGUCUUAGGAUACAUUCUACCGAUGAAAAAACCUCAGUGUGUAAUACAUUUCACCGUUUUGUUUGUCAAUAUCGAAUUGAUAUUACUAAAGAAUCGUAAAUUUUGUCUACUGAGUGCUCUCUUUGUAACUAGGGAGAAUUUGCUUCCCUCAUCAUCUUCCUCUGGGUUGUUCAAUUCCUGAUGAAAGAGAAUUCAAUUAACCUUUAGCCUUGAGAUUCCAUGAAAACUCUUCAAUUGGACACAGUGUCCUUAAAAAGGCAUCGACCUUUUUCUCCAGUAUCGUGAAAAAUCCGCCUUGUAAAAUCAGCAACGGAUGUCUCAAGUAGUUAGCCCUAAAAGCAAGUAGGACAUUCGGCAUUCUAAUUGUCCCACUACGUAAUUUUAUUGACUCCUGCAGACGUAAAACCUGGAACAACUAAAGCCCUUUUGGAAAGAUUUGGGGGAAAUCAUGAUAACAGGUGCUCUCGACACGUGCAAAGCUGUACUAUGAAAUUUCAUCUGCGCAAUUAUUGUUAGGAACUGAUGCGACUCCUAUUCAGUCGUUUUAUCCCAGCACCUGCAAAGCUACGCUUUGGGAGGCCUUACGCCCUUUGCAGCGCGAGCUGUGAUAAUCGGAUUUCAGUAUCCGCACGUGCAUGCAAAGAAGACCUCUAACGUAAUCGCGUUGCGUUACUGUUUCGUUGAAGAAUCAAUACAUGAAAUUUGUCAUGACAAUGUGAGUGGGCGUAAUUGUAAGUUAUCUUUGUGUAAAAUGCUUGUUUUGUUGCGCGUCGAUUUCAGCUCUGGGCGGGGGUCGGGGGAGGGGCAAAUUGCGAAGGGAUCUCCUUUAUUUGGACUGAAUGGGGACGUGUGGCUAAACGAAGCAUGUUUUUGAAACAAGUUAACACAGGCUAGAUAGAGCAAGCCGUGGAUUUGUUGCUGUUAUUGUUUUGUGUCAUCUCUGGUUCCUUACACUGAACUCUAACUGAAGAAAACGUCAACACAGACUGUCCUUAUUCUGAGUUUUUCUUCUGACUUUACGUUUCCAUCUCUAGGAGAGUAUCAGCCCCAACAGGGCAGUGCUCUGUCAAGUGUGUAUCCUCUGCCUUAACGUGACUGUGACUUCUCGUGCCUCCCCCAAAUGGAGAACUUGCUCGCAGGCUAUCAAGUGUAACUUCUUUUCAGCCACCUCACCCAGUCUCCCACCCACACACCCCGGGAAAGUCUUUUGAGUUUGGUUCUUUUCCUUUCCUCCUUCACUAUGUCUUCUCUUGUCCCCUCUUCCAGGACAAAUUCACCGGCGCGCUCAUCCACACAGCACAUUAUAAUUUUGAAAGUCCACAUUUUAAACUAGGCAGAAAAAAGAUUAGUUCAAACAUAAGCAUUAAAUCAUAUGGUAGACUGCUUCGAAGUCCCUCGGGCUGGAGUCACGCAAUGCUUCCCGUCCCAACGCGUGAGGUCGAAUUCCUCUGAAGGGUGGGGCGGGGGGAGUGGUCUGGGAGGGUGCAGUCAUAUGAUCACCUGUUUAUCUCCUUUCACCAGUCUUUGCCGCCUUACUUUGGCGUAACUGAGUGGAAAUUUUGCCCAAAAAAUGACCGCUUGAUGUUCACAUGUUCAAAGUCCAGCUGAAAACAUUUUAUAUGAUAUUUAAUUUUAAAAAAAGUUGGCAUAUUUGCGGCUUAUCUUGCAAUUUCGAAACCGUGUACCUCCAGUGAUAAGUUGAGAGAAAGCCUGUGUGAAGGAGACUACUGAAAACAGUUGGUGGAGUUCAGUUCCCAAUGUGAUAGACUGCGAGCGGUCUACCUUUUGCUCUAACAUAUGUGGAACGAAGUAGAAAGGCGAGCGCGAUAAGCAAGUUGUGCUCGUAUAACGCGCUCACUUCUUUAAUUCUUUGCACUGAUUUUAUAGCAAAAGGAAGACUUUUCGCAGUGUACCAGUCUUAAAGUGUUUAAAUCUGGCCAUAGUUCGAACUAUAAUAUUAUAACCAGCCGCAAAGUCCGCAAAUUCUAUUCACUUCCUAGUUAGACUGGAAACACCCGCGUUGUUUCAUACAAUUUCUGUUAUUUCUGCAGUCCUUAUAGAGAAACUAUAGAAUUGCCAAUAAUUGCUAAAAGUAAUAAUAAUAAUAAAAGAUCCUAAUGCUGCCUUUCAUGUGUUUGUCUGAACAGUUCGUUUGUGGAGCCUUCAUUCAUACAACAACGUAGUAGCAUACAAAGGACAUAACUUUCCCGUUUGGAGCCUGGACAUCAGCCCACAGUGCCUGUACUUUGCCACUGCAUCCCAGGACCGCACGGCCAGGCUUUGGAACUUUGAAUAUACUUUCCCCUUAAGAAUAUUUGCAGGACACCUACAAGACGUCGAUGUAAGUUUUUCUUUGUGCUCAGAUAACUAGAAAGUGUGGCUCGUGAUUCUGUAGUCUUCAACUUUACAGGGCUCGACAAAACCUUGAAUUCCAGCUUGUCCUUUGGGCAAGCAGCUCUCACAUUUUACUUUACAGGGCCACUUCUUGCUUAGUUAAUGAUUCAGUUAGCAGAUGACUUGCUGGAACAUACGAUGGAAUCCUAACAGCUCUCUUAAGUUGGGGGGGGGGGGGGAGGGGGGGGGAGAUAGGGUAAAACGUACACGGUCUGAUAAAAAAUGGACCUAGUAAGGAAAACGUCUCAAGCCAUUUUACAAUUACUUGAAGAGAUUUUUAAAAUGUCUUCUUUUUUCAGUGCGUGAAAUUUCAUCAUAAUUGCACGUAUCUCGCCACAGCCUCAGCCGACCGAACGUGUCGACUGUGGGACCUACAAUCUGGAAACUGUGUCAGGCUUUUCACUGGACAUAAGGUACGUUACUACUGUACUCCCUCCAAUGAGCGACCGCGCCCAGCAAUCGCCCAUCCCUUGAAUAAACGCUCAUCCCUUAGCCAAACUAACAAAUAGGCACUUCUGUCGACUAAGCGACCCUUCCCCUUUUCUCCCCUCCCCUCCUAGUUAUCCCCUGCAAUGCGAGGUUCUAGCUUAAUUGUAGUUCAUUUUGUUGAGGUAAGAAAAAAAAUAAAAUGAAAAACUUGUAUAUUGACCAUUUUCACAUGGACCCUAAUGCAUGUUGAUUACCACCCAAAAUUUUGCAUAAACAUUAAGGCCAUUUAUACGAGGAAAAAUAAGACGCGUCUUUCAUUAGACACGUCCUAAAUAAGACGCAAACUAUCCCACAUAAACGGCACAUUAAGACGCGACUUAGCAAAGACGCGUCUUAUCGAAGAACAAGUGUUAAGGGCUGUUCUUGGAUAAGACGAGUCUUAGCUAAAUUUCAAACGAAAUGCGCCGUUUAUACGGGAUAGUUUGAUUCUUAUUUAGGAGGCUUCCUACGUAAGACGCGUCUUAUUUUCCCUCGUUUAAGCAGCCCUAUUGUUUCUGUUUUCUCCUGGGUAUUACAGUCGUCCUAAGAGAAAUCGAAGGCAAUCGUUAUACCUAUUUUGUAGAUCCGAUAUGCUGUUCAUUUUGCAUGGUUUUGCCCAUGUUUCUAAGGUUGGUUUUGGCCAUCCUAUACAUUUUCUUUGCGAGACAUCAACGUGGCACGGAGAUACUAGCAGAAAUGUAUUCUAAAAUCUGAAUUGAAAUAAUGAUAUGAUUGAUUGAUUGAUGGACACUUGGACUUUUACUUUUCCGGAGACACGUGAGAUGGCGUGAUUCGGUGGGUGUUGAAGUUCAAUGUUAGGGCUUAAAAUAGAGCGAGCGGGUAUUUUCUCAGCAAAGCUUCUGUUCUUUCUAUUGAUGCACCGUCCUGACGAGCCACAAUAAUGGCUGAACAGCUGUCUACGGCUACGACCUCGCCCUGGGGUUUUUUCGGCGUCGUGUUGAUGUCUUGCAAAGAUAAUUUUCACGUAAUACGAUCAGCUUUGCAGAUUUCAUUGUGUCGAUGGUUUUGGGAAUUGUUUUUAUAUUAAACGUAGUGCAUCAUGGUCUAUGUGAAAUGAUGAAUAGCCUGUAUAAGAUUCAAGACUCCGAAAACCACACCCUGUUAAGUGGCACAUAUCGUAUUUACUUGAAUAAGCGCCGCCCUCCAAUAAGCGCCGUAGUUGGGACAAAUUGUUAAUAAGUGCCGCGGCCCUGAUAUAAACAAAAUCAAAAGACGUUAAUUCUGGUAGUUUAAUACGGAUAAUAAUAAUACCGUUGGUAAAACAAUUUUUUCACGUCCAACUUUCCUAAACGCCUCCUUCAAAUAAGCACAGCAUUUAAGGCGCUUAUUCGAGUAAAUACGGAACGCGUUUAGGAUAAAUCGGGAAGUGCUCCCCCUGCCGUCCCUCGGAUAAAAUAGGUUCUGAUUUCCACUUAUUAAGCCUUAAAGGUUUCAUUAUUGGGUAUACAUUUCUCAUUUGGAGGAGGCUUACGCUGUUUUGCAUCAUAUACCGUAAAUCCUCUAUUAAAAUACUCCCUCUGUUUUAAGGUCUCGGUAAAGGAAAACGAGCUAGUCGCGCGAGUAUUUUCGCUACAAAGGCAAGUUAUAUAUCAAAUAAAAGCUAAAAGACUAAAUUACCUUAUGAAAGAUUUUAUUUCAUCGAAUUUCAAAAGGCGCUUAAGUUUUUUGCUCUCGAACUCAGAGGUAUCGAGUUUACUGCUGAAGCUCCAGCCCUUUCGCGUUGUUAAAUAUUCACUUCCUUUUUAUUGCGUCUGAUUGACAGAUGAAAGACCUAAAAAAGGGUGUGAGGAAAUUUGCAUAUGUCUCGUAUUAGCGGAAUUAUUGCAUUUCAAACUAAAAAGUCGAAUCUCGAGCGCGAUUUACGCAAAGAAACUGGCAUAAUAUGAGUUACAAAGGGAAAUCGGAAAAUUCCUCACACCCUUUUUGAGUCUAUAUCAUUAUCCAUCAUAUCUGAAAGUUUCAAAGCGAUAGCUUAAAACCUGUCCCGACUGGAGGUCGGAGAAUUUUGAUUUUUGCGUCUAAAAUAGAGUGAGAGAAAAUCAGCUCUAAAGAUUUAGCGCGAGGUCCACGCUUGGCUGGUUAGCUCAGAAAAGGCUCAUUUUAGAAGGGUUAAAAGGCACUUUCUGAUUUUCUUUUUCUUCCAAAAUAACAUUUAGGACCCACUCAUGCCAAAAAUCCCAAAAAAACAAAAUCGAGCAAUGUACUAAAAUUUUCAUUUACCGAGACCUUAAGCCCCUCCCUCUCUCCUCCCCUCCCCCUUAUUACUCUUCACAAAUAAAUGGUAGACUGUAUAAAUGAAUCACGACUGUAAAACUUCAUUUUAGUGGACUGAUCCAGGAUGGUUUAUUCACGUGUUGGAAGGUCGGAUUUGUUUUUGAUCCUCAGCUUUAUUAACUCCAACUUCCUGUAUUGAGCUUUUCCACUUUUUAUUCUGGUUCUUUUUGGGGAGCUGAUACCACCAUCUUUGCUAAAUUAAAUAAGUCCCCCCCCCUCUCUCUAAUACGCCCCCCGUCUCUAUUAAGCGCCCCUCAAAGGCGUUUGAAAUAAAUAUGCCCCCAGGGGAGUUAGUAGAGGAUUUACGGUAAUAAUAGUUAAUCUAUGUUUGCUUGAAGGGUUCGAUACACGAUCUGGCAAUUUCCCCCGACGGACAGUACCUGGUGUCAGCGGGAGAGGACCGGCGCAUUCUUCUGUGGGACCUGUCCGCUGGAAGUAUGGUUAAAGAGUUGCGCGGGCACUCGGAUUCUGUGUAUAGUCUCGCUUUUAGCGCAGAUGGGACGCUGCUGGCCUCUGGGGGUCUGGACAGUAGUGUAAGGAUAUGGGAUUUUGGACUAGCUGUCAAGACUUCUAAUAACAGCAGUGGCGCAAAUGCUAAUGCUUCUCCUGAACUGAUGGCUUCUUUCUCUACUAAAAACUGUUCCGUUCAUUGCGUGCAGUUCAACAGUUGCAAUUUGGUUUUUGCAGCGGGCUCGCAAAUGACAUGAACAGCGGGGAUGACGCAGAGAAUAAAACAAGCCUAGCCUAAGAAAACAGCCGACAUUGCGCGACGCCAGCAUUGGUUUCCUCGCGAAAUGGCGUCUGAGAAACGAGCAGGAAAUGACGUGUCACUAUCCAGGUCUACGUAGUGCUUCUGAUUGGUUGGGG